ACCAUCUCUCCUCCCACAAUUCUCCCCCAAAAAUUAACGCCACCGCCGCCCCGCCCUUGAACCACCAAUUCCUCCGCCGCACCAACGCCGUACAACUAAAAAAACAAAUAUGAGGCCGUCCGCUUCUCACUUCGCCGGAGGAGAAUACUACCAGCCUCAUUUCCUCGAUUCCUGCUUUCUCUGCCAGAAGCAUCUCAGCCACAACAGUGACAUCUACAUGUACAGAGGAAACGCACCUUUCUGUAGCCAGGAAUGCCGGCAAGAACAGAUUGAGAUGGACGAGGCAAAGGAGAAGAGAUGGAAAAUCUCUUCGAAGAGAUCUAACGCCGCUAGACAGAGCAAGGAUUCAACCACGGAAUCCGACACCGAUAAAGCCGUGCGAACAGGAACCGUUGCUGUAGCCUAAACCCGAGAUUUUAUAAAUACAUACCAAGAUUCAGAUCUCCAAAUGCAAAAUGAAAAUAAAGGAGAGUCGUAUGGGAAAAGUUUGAUAUUUUCUCCAAAUUCCUGAUCAUGAAUGGAAUUACACUGGUGUUUGAUUCCUGAUCAUGAAAGGAAUUACAGUGGAGUUUGAUCUGUAAAGGAAAAAGGAGGAGAGAAGAUCCUGUUGUUACAAUUUUGAUUUUAAUUUUAAUUUUAAUUUUAAUUUUGUCAUUUCUGUAAUGUUUAUUCACUUUUUUCGUAAAUCAAAUUAGGUUUUGAUUUCUCUA